AUGGGCAUCCCGUAUUGCGCCCUACGCAAGCCGCAACUCUAUGCAGUCAGGAACCUACGUUGUUUCCAUUCUGCUACAAAUGCCGGCAGUACUGUCACCAAAAUGUCCCGAGGCUCCGACUUGAUGUUGCCUCAACAGCAUGAUGCGCCCAGUAUUGAGGCUAUGCAGAUUCGUAUGCUAGAUGGAGUGUGUCACAGCCAAACCAUUCGCGAUUGCUACCUGAAGGUUUUAUCUAUUUUGGUCCUGAUCGCUUGGCCCGGUGUCUGCAGUCAUGACAAGUCCGGGUUUCGCAAACACUUCUUACAGCGCCCGUAUCAUGACCUUGAUGAUCCAAACCUGCCAUUGGCCAACGAACGGUUGGCUUUGCUGAAGGAAUAUGCUAUCAGCUUCCGCGAAAAUACAUACGCCUUCUGCCCUGUCAUAAUCGAAGAGCGUGAAGUCUCUUCUAUUCAAGAGGUUGCGGCAGAUCGACCACUUCCGUUCACGGAGGAAGAGUUGCCAUUGAGAGAAGGGGCGUCUGGGAAGGAGAUGCACGUGGCAUGCAAGACAUUCCAUGUGGCAGGGAAUUUUCGAAGAGCAUUUCGAAGACUCGGAUGGGUCAAAGAGCCCAAAGAGGAUACGCGGAUCAUGAAACAUAUUGCUGCCCUAGCACACGGACGCAAUGUCAUGAUACUGCUUCCCAUGGCCGAGCAUUUUGAUCUUGAUGUGUUCCUCCGCCACGGUUUCAAGCCCAAACGCGACACAUUGGAAGCCGAAAAGCUAUAA